AUGAUGGCUGUGGCGCUGGCGAGGCUGCUGGUCCAGAUCCUGGGGGGGGGGGCCCUGGCGGCGGCGCGCUUGGUGAUGAUGGCUGCGGCGCUGGCGGGGUUGCCGGCGCAGGUCCUGGCGAUGAUGGCUGCGGCGAUGGCGAGGCUGCUGAUCCACGCCCUGGUGGCCCUGACGGUGGCGCGCCUGGUGAUGCUGGCUGCGGCAUUGGCGAGGCUGCUGGUCCAGAUCCUGGGGAUGGCCCUGGCGGUGGUGCCCCUGGUGAUGAUGGCUGCGGCACUGGGGGGGUUGCUGUUCCAGAUUCAGCGGUCGGCCCUGGCGGUGGCGCGCCCGGUGAUGAUGGCUGCGGCAUUGGCGAGGCUGCUGGUCCAGAUCCUGGGGAUGGCCCUGGCGGUGGUGCGCCUGGUGAUGAUGGCUGCGGCACUGGCGGGGCUGCGGUUCCAGAUUCAGCUUGCGGCCCUGGCGGUGGCGCGCCUGGUGAUGAUGGUUGCUGCAUUGGAGGGGCUGCUGGCCCAAGUCCUGGAGACCCUGGCGACGCCUCGGGAGUCGACAUCCCCGUUAUCGGCGUGCCAGGUUGCUCUGGCGAGCGAGCCCGCGACGACGCCGCAUCGCGUUGCCUAG